AGAAGAGAGAGAAGAGUUGCCGCUACGCCCAGAGACACUCUACAGCACAAAAUUCGAGCAACGUGGUGGGGCCCCACCAAACGGAGUACGCGGGCGUCCGGGCGAGGCAGACACUAGGCGGCGGAGGGCCACCGCGUUUCCCGGUGCAGUGGCGUCGUGCGGCUGUGCGGUGGCGAAGGGACCCCGGCGAGGCGAUGCCGCGGAGGAGAGGUUGCCGGCGCGGCUGCCCAUCCCAGUGGCGUGGUGCAGAGGUCCGGAGGAGGCUCGUCGGCGCGGCGUCGGCGGCAGAGGAGGCACAAGGCCGGGCGGGGCCGGCGUCAGGAGAGGAGGCACACGGCGGAGCGGCGAGGCAUGCGGCCGGCCGGCCGACGCCGCACAGUACUGCCGUCGCCGCCGCUCGCGUACGGCAAGGCGAGCCCACCCACGCCGGGCGAGGCCACGCGGAGCUGCCCCAGCCGCCAGUGGAGCCACCGCCGCCGAUGCUCGGUGGUCUGCACGCCUCGGCCAGGCCCGGCGCGUCGGCGGCGACGCAGACGAGACCGCGCGGCGCGGCAAGCGGCCCCGGGUCCAGCGAGGCAUGUAGGCGCCCGCCUCCGUGGGGCGGCGCGCGGCGGGGCGACACCGCCAGGGCGAAGCAGGGCCGCAGCUGGGGUGAAGCAAGGCCGCCGCGCCGGAGCUAACGAGUCGCGGGCGGGGGACGACGAGCGGCGCGGCCACCGGCGGUCCAGCGCUCGCCGCCGCAGGGGCGUGGAGGACGGCCGGUCGGCAGUCCGGCGCACGGUGCUGUGGAGUAGCAUUGGAGCAGCGCGGUGGCUUGCGGAGCUCGACGCCGCCUGGACGUUUGAAACAUGUAAUUAAAAAUUCCAACGUGCGGGGUCCACAAUUUUUGAAGUAUGUAUUUAUAGGUACUCUGUUGGAUGAACCAUCUAUAUUGCUCACUAUAGCUGACGGGGGACAAUAUUAUAGAGAGCUGUUGCGGGUGCCCUAAGCAACUGCUCAGCCAUACUUGUUAUAAAAAAAAACUGCUCAGCCAUACUCCAAUCCAUUCAAUACUUCAAUACCCAUAAGGAAAACCUUCUGUCUAGCUAGGUAGCCACCGGAGCGCCAGGCAUGGAACUCGCCAUGGCGGCAGUGAGCAGCUUCCUCCCCAAGCUGGGCACCCUCCUCACCGAUGAAUACAAGCUGCAGAACGGGGUGAGGGGGGAGAUCAAGUUCCUGGGAGCCGAGAUGGAGAGCAUGCAGGCUGCUCUCAAGAAGGUGUCCGAGCUACCGGCUCACCAGAUCGAUGAUGAUGUAGAGAUCUGGGCGAGGGAAUUGAAGGAGCUGUCCUACGACAUCGAGGAUAGCGUCGACACUUUCAUGGUGCGUGUUGAUGCUUCUGUGUGCACCACCAAACCGCAUAGCUUCAGAAGGUUCUUCGACAGAGCAAUCGGCUUGUUGACAAAAGCCAAGAUCCGUCGGCGUAUUGCAACCAACAUGGUAGAAAUCAAGACCCGUCUCCAUGCGGCUGCCGACAGGCGAGCAAGGUACAAGUUUGAAGACUUUGUUGUGCGGCCUGACAGUACUGUCGUGGACUUCAGGUUGCCGGCUCUCUAUGAAGAUGCAAAGAAUCUUGUUGGCAUCGAUGGCUCUGCAGAGAAGCUCACCGCUUUGCUAAUGCACGGGGAAGGCGCGCAAAGGCAGCAGCUAAUGGUUGUCUCGAUUGCUGGAGUCGGAGGACUUGGCAAAACAACGCUUGCCAAUUCAGCGUUUCAAAGACUCAGAGGAGAUUUUGAGUCUCAAGCGUUUGUUUCAGUCUCCCUUAAGCCAGACAUCAAGAAGAUUUUCAGCAGCAUUCUGCGUAGGGUUAGCGGGAUGGAGUAAAGCAAUGCUGAAGCGUGGAGUCAUACCGAGCUCGUAGACAAGAUCCGUGAGAUCCUUGAGAAUAGAAGGUACAUCAUUGUAAUUGAUGAUGUAUGGGAUGAAUCAGCGUGGACGCUUAUUAAAUGUGCUCUUGUUGACAAUAACCUUGGUAGCAGAGUCAUUGUGACGACCCGUAAUACUGGUGUGGCUAAAUUUUCUUGCUCAUCCACAGCUGGUGCUAUGUAUGAACUACCUCCUCUCUCCGACACAGAUUCAGAAAGGCUGUUCUAUAAAAGGAUAUUUAACAAAGAGGAAGAAAUUCAAUCUGAACUGAAAGAGGUUUCCAGGAAAAUUCUGAAGAAAUGUGGUGGCAUACCCUUAGCUAUCAUUACGGCAGCCAGUAUGUUGGCUAGUAUACCAAACAAAACAAAGUAUGAAUGGUACGGUGUAUACAAUUCUAUGGGUUCUGGGCUUGAAAAGGAUAAGACUCUAGAGAACAUGCGAGCGAUAUUAUCGCUUAGUUAUGCUGAUCUACCUUGCUAUCUAAAACCUUGUUUGCUGUUUGUAAGCAUCUUUCCUGAGGAUUCCGAGAUUCUAUGUUCCUGGUUGGUGAAUAUGUGGGUAGCGGAAGGAUUUGUUAAAGAAAAGAAGGGGAAAACUCUUUAUGAAGUAGGAGAGAGUUACUUAAAUGAGCUAUUUAAUAGAAACAUGCUUCAGCCGUUGAGGAUAGAUGAACACGGCAGAGCAAUAUGGUGCCGUGUACAUGAUAUCAUACUUGAUCUCAUCAUUUCCCUUUCAGCUCAAGAAAAUUUUGUCACAAUAUCAGAAGAUCUGCGGCUCAUGCCUUCACCGUGCAAAGUCAGGCGGUUAUCGCUGCAGAGAAGGAAGGUAGACACAGAGGAACAUAGAGAACAAGAUAGCAAGACAGAUGAAGUGAUUGUUCAAGGAGCUGUAGACAUGUCUCAUGUGAGGUCACUCAUUGAAUUUAGCGAUGCUUCAGACUCGGUGCCAUUAUCUCUUUCAAGGUUUUCAGUUCUGCGUGUUCUGUGUUUGAACCUUUUCCCAAGGAACAACCAUCCUAAGGUUAUAGGGACUUUCCAUCAUUUGAGGUACCUGAAGCUAGGUGGUCUGCUUGAAACAGAGCUUCUAGAACAAAUUGGAAACCUACAGCUUCUCAAGACACUGAAUUUACGUGCAGCAUCCAUAAAAGAAUUGCCAGCAAAUAUUGUUCAGCUAAGGCAACUUGAGAAUCUGCUUAUUCGCUGGCGGGUGGGAUUGCCAGAUGGGAUUGGGAGUUUAUGAUGCCUGCAAAAGCUGUUAUGCGUUGAUAUGUCCUGUGCAUCACCAUACACGGGGAUGGCUAAUUUACGGUCAACCGUACGGUAGGCAUCUGUACGGUCGAUUUUCUGACAUCAAUUUUUUUUCCGUUUUUAAA